GGAAGAGGAGGGGGGAAAGAGAGGAGGAGGGAGACCUCUGGGCGGUAAAAUGGCGCCUGUCAGAGUGGGAAAUCCAGCUGCAGAAGCUGCAGCCCCGCUCCCCAGCGGCUAAGAGACCGCCGACCUCGGGGAGGGGGAGGCCACUUCGGUCCAGCGCUCCGUGCCUUUCGUCUCCCCCUCCCCUUGCUACCCUGCUCUUUCGCUCAGCCUGCCCAUUCUCUCGCCGCGGCCCUUCGCGCGCCUCUUCCCCCGCCCGCCCCUUUCCCGCGGGCAGCCCCCUAGUGCGCCUGCGCAGCGGGCCACCCUCCGCUUCCCCUCCCCUCCCCCUCCCGUCUCCCUCCCUCCCUUUUCCCUAACCCCCUCCCCCACUACCCCCUCCCCCAAUUCUCCAUCCCCUUCCCUCCUAGUCUCAGAGGACCCCGUCCUUGCCCGACCUGUUUCGGCCUGCAAACUUCGCGAAGCCGUCGGUGCCCCUCCCCGCCCAUGUGGGCCCCCGCGGGCUGCCCACGCCUGUCCCCCAGAUCCCCGUUCCGCUGGGCUUUCCCCUCGCCGGGGGUGGCUUUCUGAGCCGCCCGUUCCGUGCCCUUCUCUGCAGCCUUUUCUGCCACUCGGGGCCCCCGUUCCCCCUCCCGGCGGCGGGGGGCUGCCCCCGGGGGGCUGGCUGAGCUGGGCCGCGGGGGCCCCGGGGCCGGCGGUGCCGGGGUCAUCGGGAUGAUGCGGACGCAGUGUCUGCUGGGGCUGCGCACGUUCGUGGCCUUCGCCGCCAAGCUCUGGAGCUUCUUCAUUUACCUUUUGCGGAGGCAGAUCCGCACGGUAAUUCAAUACCAAACUGUUCGAUAUGAUAUCCUCCCUUUAUCUCCUGUGUCUCGGAAUCGGCUAGCCCAGGUAAAGAGGAAGAUCCUGGUGCUGGAUCUGGAUGAGACACUUAUUCACUCCCACCAUGAUGGGGUCUUGAGGCCCACAGUGCGGCCUGGAACGCCUCCUGACUUUAUUCUCAAGGUGGUCAUAGACAAACAUCCUGUCCGUUUUUUUGUACAUAAGCGGCCCCAUGUGGACUUCUUCUUAGAAGUGGUGAGCCAGUGGUACGAGCUGGUGGUGUUUACAGCAAGCAUGGAGAUUUAUGGCUCUGCUGUGGCAGAUAAACUGGACAAUAGCAGAAGCAUUCUCAAGAGGAGAUACUACAGACAGCACUGCACUUUGGAGUUGGGCAGCUACAUCAAGGACCUCUCUGUGGUCCACAGUGACCUCUCCAGCAUUGUGAUCCUGGAUAAUUCACCAGGGGCUUACAGGAGCCACCCAGACAACGCCAUCCCCAUCAAAUCCUGGUUCAGUGACCCCAGUGACACGGCCCUUCUCAAUCUGCUCCCAAUGCUGGAUGCCCUCAGGUUCACCGCUGAUGUUCGAUCCGUGUUGAGCCGAAAUCUUCACCAACAUAGGCUCUGGUGACAGCUGCUGCCCCUCCACCUGAGUUGGGGUGGGGGGGAAGGGAGGGCAAGCCCUUGGGAUGCCGUCAGAUGCCCUGUCCAAUGUGAGGACUGCCUGGGCAGGGUCUGCCCCUCCCACCCCUCUGCCCUGGGAGCCCUACACUCCAUUUGGAGUCUGGAUGGACACAUGGGCCAGACUGUGAAGCAGCCUCACUCUAACUUCGUGUUCACACUCCAUGGAAACCCCAGACUGGGACAGGUGGAGGCCUUGGAGAGCCGAAACUGUCUGGUGGAGAGGCAGGACUGGCUGGAGUGAGAGACAGACAUACCGUGAUCCAGGAGGCUCAAAGAGAAGCCAAGUCAGCUUUGUUGUGAUUUGAUUUUUUUUUAAAACUCUUGUAAAAAAACUGAUCUAAUUCUUCACUCCUGCUCCAAGGGCUGGGCUGUGGGUGGGAGACUGGGAUUUUGGGCCACUGGAUCCUCCCUAAACUUGUCCUUCCCUUUCUUUCCCUCURUUUUUCUCCCUAGAUUCCCUCCAACCUGUAACUAGCUUUCUCUCUUUUUUUCCCCUUUCCUCUCUUUUAAACCAUGCAUUAUAACUUUGAAACCAAAGCUGCCCUAGGUCCUUCUCUGGGGUUUUGGGAAAUGAAGGGAGGGGACUGUGUUCACAUCCACCCUGUCCCAGAGCAAGAUGGAAAGAGCGAUGGGGAGUAACCGGAAAGUUGGUGAUGAAUAUGGAGAUAGAGUAGUGAAUAGUAGGUUUAAGCUACUUUGGCUGGAAGGGCCCAAGUGACAGAAUGAGAGUGAGGCAGCUUCAGAGCAGUAGUGUAUGGAAUGACGAAAGGAGCUGAAUCCUGGAGACUCCAAAGGGCAUACAGCUGGAGAAAAACCUGGCUUCAGGGGACUGACGUGGCCUGGCUGAGCCCGCGCUGCCCCCAGGUGGAUGGCACCCAGGUUCCGGGCCGGCCUUGCCCGCUCUUGCCCUGGCCCCGCCUCCCUGGCACCUCCUCCCCGUAGCCGGCUCUACUUCUUUGCACCCGCCACGUGACGCUCCGCCCUUCUCUGAGAUCACAUGACUUUCGUAGAAAACAAAUUCUGGAGUGUUCUUCCGCCCUGGCGUGGUUCCUGCCUUUUGGAGUUCAUUUCGAAUCCUUGUCGGUCCGCUCAUUCCUGGUCAUUAAUCCUUAUAUACAUCUGUCCGAACAUCUA